UUGGGCAUGUAUCACGAUACCCCGGUCUUGGCCCCUAUCGAGCCCGAUUCUAAUUCUGAUAAUGAAUCCUUGCACCUUGGAUCCCUUGGCGACGCCAGUCACACAACAAGCCUCACAUCGAACGCACGGAACUACCAAUAUGAGAACGGUCGCAGGUACCACUCAUAUCAUGAAGGAGAAUACAUCCUACCAAAUGAUGAAAGAGAACAAGAUCGCCUUGACCUGACCCACCAAAUCUAUUCAAUGCUAUUGAAGGGAGAAUUAAUUCGAGCGCCCGUCAGGCACCCACAGAGAGUACUAGACAUUGGGACAGGAACAGUGCAAACCCUGGAUCGGAAGUUAUUGGUAUGUAUACCAAUCGAAGAUGUUACCGCCCAAUCAAAUCAUGGACUAAUAGAAUCAGGAAUUGAUCUAAGCCCUAUUCAGCCAUCAUGGGUACCACCAAACUGUCGGUUCGAAAUUGACGAUUUUGAACAACAAUGGUCAUACAGCCAGCCAUUCGACUUUAUCCACGGGCGCGAGCUUGAAGGCUCUGUUCGUGACCACGACCGGCUUUUUGAACAGGCAUUUCAAAAUUUGAAGCCCAAUGGGUGGUUUGAAAUGGCAACAUUUGAACCAAAUACAUAUUCAGACGACGAGACUCAUCUUAAGGCAGCGAACUUUCUUGAAGCUAUCAAUAAAAUACACGAAUCUUCAAAAUUAUUCGGAAAAGCCAUGACAUCCUCACCGACCUGGAAAGGUCGCAUGGAAAAGGCCGGGUUUGCUAACGUCAGAGAGGACAUUUACAAGUUGCCCCAAAGUCCGUGGCCGAAAGAUCCAAAGUUAAAAGAGCUCGGACGAUACAAUCAACUCAACGUGCUCGAGGGUAUCCCUGCUUACACAUAUGCCUUAUUCACAAGAAUGCUGGGUUGGUCGCGGGCGGAGAUUGAAGUGCUGACAGCAGGACUGCGGAAAGAGCUGCGAAAUACAACCCUUCAUUUGUACACGAAAGUGCGGAUUGUGUAUGGCCAGAAACCCGAGUGA